ACCUACAAAUUACCAAGAUGGCUGCAGCGGGAAAUGAGAAAUUUCCCGAUAUGACUCGGUUGAAUAAGAAGAGUAGACAAGAUAUCGAGAGAUGCCUGAAUGAGUUUCAGGGAAGAAAAGAUUUGGUGCUAGAUCCUGACUUAAUGAAACCAUUAGAUAGAAUCACAGGAGGAGCUGCUUUCCUAAAGGAUAAUGGUGUUGAUAAAAUUUUCAAACUGGACAGAGCGGACAAACAGAUAAAAUUAGUUGGAUGUGACAGGCGCGUGUAUUUGGUGAGGCCGAAGAUAAACAUUAUGAAGAUUAUAGCUGAUCAUAUAUCAAGCGAGCAGUCACGAGGCGAGAAUAGAAAAUACAGAAUUGUAAUGGUGCCAAGACGGUUAUUUCUGUGUGAGAUGAUAUUAGAACAGGAAGGAGUGCUGGGACACUGUGACCUUGAUGAAGUCGACCUUAACCUGUUGCCAUUGGAUACAGAUAUACUCUCCAUGGAAACGCCAGAAUUCUUCAAGUCUUUUUACCUGGAUAGUGACCUGACGUUACUACAGACAGUGAGUAAAUCUGUUCAUACAAUACAAGGAAUUACAGGAGAAAUACCCAAUGUGUACUGUCUCGGACGUGCUGGAAAGAUGUGUUACGAGUUAUUGAAGCAGAUGACUGGAGAACGACUGAUACAGCCAGAUUAUCCACGAUCAGAGAUAGGACAUUUGUUUCUCAUUGAUAGAGGUGUAGAUUUCGUGACACCAUUAUGUUCGCAAGUAACAUACGAGGGUCUCCUGGACGACAUGUUUGGUAUACAGUGCGGUUGUGUCGAGUUUGGAAAAGACAUUACCCAGAAAGAUCAACCGGUCAAGGUCAGACUUAAUAGUGAAGACGAGAUGUACGAAGCUAUACGAUGCCGCCACUUUACCAAUGUGUUUGAUUUUCUUAAAAGUAAAGCCCAGGAUCUACAGUCAUUGUCUGAUAAAAGAAAAGAGUUUACAAAAGUUAAGGAUAUGAAAGACUUUGUGGCAAAUGAUUUGAGAAAACUGAACCAGUCAAAGGCUAACCUCACAUACCAUAUUGGAGCAUGUGAACAGAUUAUUCAAAAGAAAAACAAGGGAGAUUUCGUAGAGUAUAUGCAAACAGAGCAUAGUCUGUUAGAGGGUACAGCAUUGCGAGAAAACUUAAAUUAUAUUGAAGAAAGUAUAAACAAACAGAAUUCUUUAAUGUCAAACUUAAAAUUAAUGUGUUUGACGUCUUUAACAAACGAUGGCAUUCCAGCAAGAGAUUACAAGUCGCUGAAAACACAAUUUGUUCAGAGUCAUGGGUUUGAGCAACUGAUAACAUUCCAUAAUUUAAAGAAAGUUGGGUUGCUAAGGGAACAGGAAGUGUCUUCUCAGUCCCGGGUGUCAGCUGGUGUUGCUGCCUUAACUAGGAACAGUUCCUUUAAAAAUAUUCGUAAAAGACUUAAUUUGAUACCCUCAGUUGAUGUGGAUUUACGAAGCCCUUGUGAUAUGUCAUAUGUGUUUAGUGGAGCCUACGCACCUCUGUCAUGUAAACUUGUUGAACAGGUGUUACAGAGAGAAGGUUUUAGCGGGAUGGAGGAGAUAACUAAACAUAUACCUGGAAGUGUUCACGCUGAUGUUAAACUGAGAACACCUGGUAAAGGUAUAAAGGGAAUGACUAAUCAGCCAGGUCGUCCUGCACCAGUGGUUCUUGUAUAUUUUAUUGGUGGAUGUACUUAUUCUGAAAUAGCUGCCCUCAGAUUUCUAGGCAAACAACAAGGAUACAAAUUCAUUGUGGCUACUACAUCAUUAUUCAAUGGUAACAGUAUGUUAAAUACAGUUAUAGAGAAAUCACCUCUCUAGUGAUACAGAAAAUAAAAUUGUGAUAUAUACAUACUAACACUGUGAUAAAGCUGAUUUUGACUCGUAUGAACUGAAUAUUAAUUCAGGUAAACAUAAUGAAAAUGCAGUGUUUAUGUGUGAAGCAUCUAUGAAGCAUUUGUGAAGCAUCAGUACUAUUUAAAGUAGGUAGACAUGUGCAGAGAAGCAACUGUGCUGAUAAACUAAGUGAUAGGAUUUCAACUCUGUAAUGUAUUCAACAUCAAGAUCUUACCUAAAAAGAUGACACUUCAGAAAUGAGUACAGCUGUUAAAGAGAAUUCUUGAAGAUUUGAAAGGUUUGGUUACAUAUUUAUUGGGAGCAGAAGUUAUAUUAUGUGAGCUAUUAAGCUUUAAUGUGUGAAAAAUUAGGGGAGUUAUAAAAUGUUAAUGUUAACAAGUGGUAUGACCAUGUUUUAUAAGCAUUUAUAUUUAAAGACAUGGGGCCUUGUUCAUGUGUAAUUGUUGAGAUAGGUUUUUUUAUGAGUUGUUUAUUCAGUAUUUGAAUGUAUAGUGAGUACAGACUCGUAUCAUUGGUCCUACAUGAUUUCAAUCAUAAAUUUUCUGGAAGGCAUAGAAAAUUAGCUUUCAUUCUACAGUGUUUUACCAAAAGCAAACCACUAACAUUUAGUGGGGCAGAGUAAUUUAAUUUUGUCAUAAAAUUGGUCAUGUCAUAAACAUGUAAGACAUCUUUUGAUGAAAUUCCCCCUUCUGAGUGUAAGUAGUCUCAUGUUUAUGAGCAUCUUUCUUUUUAUGCCCCCACAAAGUGAGGUGCAUAUAGCGUUGCACUUGUCCAUCCGUACGUCCUGAAAUCUUGUGAACGCAACUCCUCUUAAAUCGGAUGGCAGAUUUUGCUUAAACUUCCAGGGAUGAACAACCUUAAUGUGUAGAUGGUAGUAAAGGAAGGAAUUUUCGCUGCGACCAAAUUUAACAGAAUUAUGGCCCUUUGUUGAUUUUUUCACUAUAUAAUAUGUAGAAAUUUUGUGAAUGUAACUCCUCUUAAACCGGAUGGCAGAUUUUGCUGAAACUUGCAGGGAUGAACAACCUUAAUGUGUAGAUGGAAGUAAAGGAAGGAAUUUUUGCUGCAACCAAAUUUAACAGAAUUAUGGCCCUUUAGUGAUUUUUUCACUAUAUACCAUAUAGAAAUUUUGUGAACGCAACUCCUCUUAAACCUGAUGGCAGAUUUUGCUUAAACUUGCAGGGAUGAACAACCUUAAUGUGUAGAUGGAAGUAAAGGAAGGAAUUUUUGCUGCAACCAAAUUUAACAGAAUUAUGGCCCUUUGUUGAUUUUUUCACUAUAUACCAUAUAUAUGUUGUCAGUGGGGGCAUCCGUGUCCUUUGGACACAGUUCUAGUUUUGUAUUGACGUCAUCCUUGCAAUUUGUACUGACAUAAUAUUAUAUAUAUAUUUGAAAGUUUGUACAAUUACACAAUUUGGUAACCAGAUGAUAAUUUCUCGUUUAUCAGUUGUGCAAAUAGCAUUUGUGCCCGAUAAGAGUAGGCAUGAGUCUUCUUUACAUUCUUUUUCCUAUCUGUUACUCUGUAGCAACAGCAAACCUCUAUUUUGGUUUCAAUUUGUCUUGUUUUAACGGGUGGAUGCAUUCAAGUACCAAAGGACAUUUUAUUUCUAUAACACUGGGAAGCUUUUCCAUCAGUUGUGAGAAUGCCAUCAUUGCUACAUCCAAGCCCUGGAUAUUUGGGUUAAUCCAGAGUUUUGUAGCUGUCACAGUUUAGAUUCUUAUCUAGACUUGCUCUGUACUGAUACGCUUUUAGGCACAUUUGUUCUUCCAUAUUGUAAUGCUUUCAGGUCCGGAAGAGUAGUAGCUGUAAUAGGUGAUACUUUCCUCGGUCAGUUUUUACAUGUACUAUCUCCUUUAACUGUUGAUGCUGUGAUGCGUAACUGUCUUCAUCGGUGCAAUUCCUUUGACUCAGACUGAGUUUGUCACAGAAGUUUUUGGUGUCAAGGAGACAUGCAUACAAAUUGCAUUUUUGGAAGUGUUAAUGUUCCAUUAAAAAUACUUAUUAUAAGUUUUAAGUAACUUUAAGUAACUCAUAUCAAAUAUUUGUAACAAUAAACAGCAAAAUUACAAAUGUUGUGAAAUGAACUGAAUGCUUGCAGGCAGUCUUAUUUUUUCUUCUUCUCUACAGAGCAACAGAUAAGGUGCGUAUUUGCGUAUUUACGCAAUUAAUUUUAUAAAAUACGCAAUUGAUUUUUUAAGAAUGCGCAAUUGUCUUAAAAACCCGUGCGUAUUGUCAUUUUUAUCACCGCAAAAUUAAUCUGUCGUACACUCGUAGUUUUGGACAAAUAAUAUCGAUAUGCAUGAUAUCCGAAUAUUCCCGAAUCAAUGCUAACUAAUCAACGGUCUCCGGUCUUCGACGGUCCCCGGUCUCAAAAGACAGACUAAGCAUGAGACCGUCGAUUUGUCUACUCAGGUUGACGGUCUUUACAGACCGGCAGAGACCGUUGAUUUUGCGGAGACCGUCAAUAAGUAUGUCCCAGCUGUAUCAAUAGACGCUUUGAAAAGCAAUAUGGCGUCGUACAAAGUGAAAAUGAUUUGAAAAAGUUAAAAGUUAUAUUCGUUGGUCUUCUAUAAAAGUCAUAUCCAUGAAAGACAGAUGAUACUGAAUAUGACUUAUAGAUCAUAAAGGGUUUUUUUUUUCUCCAUACGAUAUUUUUUUCAUAAUAAAAUGAAAUAAUAUGCCAUAAAUGGUUCAAUUUGAUACAUAAAUAAAAAUGUUACAUGUUAUAUUCGUUGCAUGUUCUAAAUAAAAGUCACAUCCGUAGUGGAAAGAAGAUACUGAAUAUGACUUUGUAAGUUACAUAAUUAUAUUGCACCUUCUGUAUAAAAGUCAUAUCCGUAGUGGACUGAAGAUACCGAAUUUGACUUUUAUUUUAUAAAUUAAUUUUUGUUUUAUGAUGUUUUCUUGAUACAAUGUUUUAUAAUAAUAAAAUGAUUUUACAUGCAAAAUAUCGUUAAUUUUUGUCAAUAAAUGAAAAAGUUGUAAGUUAUAUUCGUUGCGUUUUCUAUAAAAGUCAUAUCCGUGAAAGACAGAUGAUACCUAAUAUGACUUAUAGAUCAUAAAGGUUUUUUUUCUCCAUACAGGCGCCUCUUCCCGUACAGGGUGAUUACCGACUGAGUGGUGGUCGUCACAUUCAUUGUGGUAGUCUCUAGUCGGUGCGCCAUGCGCCUCAUCCCGUACUGGGUGAAUGCCGACUUUCGAUUUCUUGUUGACUCUCUUUGUGGAAUUCAUCUGGAUUGUACUUUCAGUACUUUGAUUCUCCUCAACGUUGAUGAUUUCGUGUGUCAGAUGCUCAAACUUAUUUUUGGUUGUAAUUGGAUUCUGACAGUUGUCCCUUUUUGAUUUGUUCCAGUUCAACAGAUAAGGCAUUUUCUGGAUCGAUCUCCUGGUUACAUUAGCAACCAGUGGAACAAUGUGGUUUGCUUUCUAAGGGUUAGUUGAAGUUGGUUGCUCCCUGGGCAGACUUAGGCUUGUCCACAUCAGGUAAAUGGUGCCCUGUUCUGGAUCUGCGAAUGGUGGUCUCAGUAAAGUGUUCAUUGUUUUAAAGUUAUAGUUAGUUGUUCCGUUUACUGCAGGGUAAAUUACCUGAAUUGGCAGAUUGAGAAGUCUUGAUGUGGCCAUAAACAUGUGCAUAGACGAAUACGUCCCUGGACGCGCACAAUUAAUACAGUCCUUAUCAAAAGUCGGAGCUAAUACGGUGAGUCUCCUGAACUGUGAUUGAGUAGUGAUUUGUGAUUUAUUCAACACCAAUUCCAUACAACACCUAUAUCUUAAUUCAGUACUACGGGAUUCAUUACCACGUAGAAGUGUUGACACAGAGUUGAAGAAACAGUCAAUGUCGGGUGUACUGUAAAGUGCUGUCUUAUCUGAGGUGUGACAGUGUGCCAGCAGCGUGUUGCUUAUUUGGUCUUGUUCAUGUUGUUGGAAUUCAGAAUGCAAGGAGGUAUCACACGGCAC